AUGUUAUUUUGCCGCUCUUCAUCUAUCGGUUUCACGUUUUGCUUUUCAGAAGAAAAGCUAUCGGUUCCUGGAAGUGCAUCGGUGGAGCUCAAACAUGAUUUGCAGCUUAAUGAAGCUGAAUCAUCGGCACCAGAGCAAGAUAUUCCGGUAGCAUCAACUUAUAGAAAUCUUGUGGAUGAAUCUCGAGAUCUUUCCGAGCUGAUGAAAGCGGAGGAAGAAGAACAACUCGAACAUGCAGGUGGUGAAGACAAAGCCAACGUGAUAGAAGAUCCAAGUGAACAGCUGAACAGUUCAUCAGAACUUGGCAUCCAGAUGCAAACUGUCACAGCUGAGCAAACUGGUAUAGUUUCUGACCAUAUUCUGAAGAAUCCCACCGGGAAAAGAGAGAAUAAUCAUUCUGCCUCUGUCGUUUUCAGUCAGAGUAUGGAACAGUCCCCAGUGGUCGAUGAGGCUAUCUUGAAAGAUACCCAGCGAGCCAUAGAUUUCAUUGUGCAAGAAGACUACAUCAAUGCACUGGCGAUCACCGAGAAAUCGAUUUCUAACCAUGGGAAAGCCUGCGGUUUCCUUCCACAUUUUCUGCAAGGUAUAAUCUUCUCCGUAUUAUCUGGAAAAGCUCGAAACGCUGACGUGAAAUGCACGUAUUGGUUGAGUGCUACAGAGUCGUUUUCCAGAUCCGACGGUCUCCUCCCGGGCUCUCUCUUGUUGAUUCAUUUCCAUGCAUCUUCACUUUUCAAGUUGGGUGAACUUCUCAAUGCCAAAGUGUAUUACGAUAGAGCUGAGGACAAAGCAAGAGAGGGCUUAUCGCAAGAGAUUCUUGAUCAUCAAACCAUCCCCCAAGAAAUAGUCCAAAUUCUUAAGGAAGAUCUCGAGUUUCUGAUCAAACUUGUGGAAACAAAGAAGAAACCUGAUGAUUCCGUAGAUUUCGAUAUUAAGGAGAGGGUUGAGAAGAACGAACCGAUUUCCGGGUUAACUGCAGAGAUCGAAAACCGAGCAGAGAUAUCGUCCUUUUGGGCAGGAAUGAGUGAUGAAAGAAAACAAGAUCUUCUGAGAGUGGACACUAUGAAGUUGAAGAGAUAUGUAGAGGGAAAAUACAGCGGACAGAGAAGUGAAGCCCUUGAAAAAGCUCUUACAUUUGCAAAGACAAACUUGAAAUGGAAGUUCUGGAGGUGUGGAACUUGUUCAAUGGUGUUUCACAGUUCCGAAGAAUGCAGGAAACAUCUUGAAUACAAACAUGUAGAGCAUUUCACACCUCCAGAGGAUAUAAUUCCUCAAAUAGUGGAUGGAGAUUGCUGCGAGAUGAUACAAUCUGGUAACUGGGAGCCAAUGACUACAGUGAUGACAAUCGACAUAGAUUCGAUUCUAUCUCCCAACUAUGAAGAAAACCGUAGAAACAUCCUCAAAGAGUUCGGUGAGUUGCUUAAAUCAGUUUCCAAACGUAAAAUGCUUUCUCGUGGCCUUUGGGACUUGUUGAAGGAAAUGACAGUUUGCAGUCUGCAAGAAUCUGGAGUUCCCAAAGAAUAUCUUUCGUACACGGGUCUGGACAAGAUCCCUCGGUGCUUCUGUCUCUUACAACUCGAUCCACUCAGACAGAUGCUUGCCUGUUUAAGGCACUUAACUGUAAGUAUCCGCACAGAAAGGGUUUUCAGAGCAGUGGACGGAAUCCGGGAAAAUUCUCGAGUUACCCAACAUAUCAUAUCUGACUACGAACUCUCAUGUCUGAUUCUGGACAACGAUGCCAAGAUCUCUCAAGGCGACGAGAUCAUUUCCUGGAUUCUUGAGAGAACUCGAACAGAUGAGGAAGAGGAACUCAUGUUCAAAAGACCGGUAAUGGUACACAAUCUCGGUAUCUGGUUGGCGGUUUUGAGAAACUUAGAGUGGGAGUGUAAGGCACUGGAGACAACAUACCAGAGGAAACUGAAUGUGCAAUUCUAUUCUAGAGGUUUAGAAGAGGUGCAGAGAUCACUGAACCAGUGGAGGGCUCAUCCACAAGGAUGGGUGGAGGAAACUUAUCGAUUCCUUCUUCGUAAGGUAUGCUGGAGCCGUGUAGAAAAAGGUGGUAUUCCGAGCUCAAAUGAUACAAUUGGCUACCUAUCUGUUGUAAGAGAUGUCGUUGAAGAAGCAAGAUCCCCGAGAUUCGAAGUCUUACAAGUGGAAGAGUAUCUGAAUCAUAUAAGUAAUGCCUAUGUCGAUGAUGAUUCUGUUCUUGAAUCCUUUUCGGUGCUAAAGGAAGCAUUCAGCGACAAGAUUCGUGUGCUGGAUUCGGAGCUUCUGCUGCACGAAAAUGCGAAGCACCGGCUACUAGAUGACCUCACGGAUCUAUCAAUGUUCGAUUACCGCUCUGUUAUCCUUCCCUUGUUGAAGUCGUUUUUACGGGAAGAGCUGGAGAAAAUGAUAGAAACAGACACCAAACAGAAGGCAGUUGCUGCAGAAGCUGAGAAGGAAGACAGUAACUGAAACGACAAUAUUCAAUGUCUCAGUCUUACAGGGGAAAAUGAUGAAACAAAUGGAUGCAAGACAAGGUUAGCUUGUGCAGCACAAAACAGUGAAGAGCAAAAAGAAAUCUGAGUCAAGGUUUUCUCAUGUGAGAUUUCACUAGGAACAUUUUUGUCCAUUCUUGAGAAAUCAAACCAAAAAUGGACAUUUUUGUCGGUAUACUGCAAUAAAUCGUCUGCAGUUUCCUGUAUUCUAACACGACCAUAGGAUUUCCACUUGAGCACACGAAGCAGAUGUCGAUCAUCGAAUUAAACACAAUGCUCCGGUCUCUCUGAAGAAGGCACCUUGAAAAUGUUUCUUUGUUGAAAUGCAGGCUGGCAAUUUGGGGAUAUAUUAAGGUUUGAGGAUACCCUUAGCUUCCAUCUGCAUGAACUUUGCUACGUUUUUGCUACCUUAAAGACAUGAGGGUGUGGCAAUGUUCAUUUCAUCUCGGCUUUUUAACAAGAUGUGAAGCAACUGGAAAGUUUCAUGAUCAUGAGCCUCUCUACCAAUAAUAUUGUUGCAAGCACAGAUGAUUACAACCUCGAAAUCACUUCCAUCUAUAUAUGCUACCAGACUUGAUCUGACCGAGGUUGUAUGGAUUGACGAUAAAACCGGUAUUUAUAUGUGAAACUUUUUAGUCUCUAUGGCUUCUUAGGCAGCCAUGUAGCUUCAAAAAA